AUGGUUUAUUUGCACAGAGAGAAGUUAAAGGGUACGAAUGGCGAUAUGUUUGUGCCGUGGAAGAUGAACGCUGACCGACAGAAAAUAGCGCAGGAGCAAACGGCAAAGGGAGGCGUUAAACGCAAAGCCUCCAGCACAAUCGAGGGCAAGUUCCAGGUGUUUCAGCGCUACUACCAUCUGUAUGCAGAGGGGGAGUUGUGUGGCCUAGUGGAGAGUGCGGGUAACAUGAGUGUGGUCGAACACGGCUACGAACGAGACAACUGGUGGGCUGUGGUGAAGAAGUUAUAG